AUGAAUUCACUACUAGGGUAUGUUCGAAAAUUGUUGGGAGCUGGAAAAAAGUCUCAAAAUCCAAGAUUGUUUUCAGAAAUACCCAAAGUGAAACAAUUCGAAAACCGAAACAUGGUAGCAAGACGAAAAGAACAAAAAGCGAUACUCGAAGAACCAAAACAUUGAGAAGUGAAAGACUUGGAGGACAUACAAUUGCACAAGAUCAAGAAUCAUCUACAAUUCAAGAAUCUGAUCGUGGAAAGAAGAAAAUGAGCAAGAAAAGUACGGAUCGAGUUAUGAUGUCGACAAGAGUCAGAAAACACGGCGAAACAUCGGAAAUGCAACAAUUAUCGACACGAACUCAUAUCGAUCAAUUACAUGUUUCAACACCACAACCAUCUACACCACAAACAUCUACACCACUUGCAACUUCGAGAGAAAAAUCGAAUAGUGAGAAAUGGGCUGGAAGAGAUGUUGCAAGAACUUUUUUGGAUCGUAUUGGUUGGUUUUUUGAAGGGGAAAAGAGGAUGGAAAAUGUUUUAAUUUGAAAAUUGUUGGGCUCUUUUUGAAGAUAAUUGAGGGUCGCUGGUCUUCAAUUCAUAGUUGAAUUUUUUCAAAAUGAUGUUUGCUAAAAAAAAUUUUCAAAAAUGUUCACAAGUUUUCAAAAAUUCGAAACUUUUUUUCUGAUAUUUCUUCCGAAUUUCUGCCUUUUUUUUCAUGGAAAAUCUAAUUUUCGGGUUUUUCAUAAUUUUCGAAUGGAGAAAAAUUCAGAAUUUUCUUGUUUGUAUCAAUAUUUUUUUGCAGACACAAUGGUUGCUCGAAGCGAAUUCAUCGAACUCAAAAACAUCCAACCCGAUCUCAACAAAUGCAAAAAAUGGCGAAAAAAUCAGGCAAAAAAUCAAUCGGAACAAUAUGCUUGUUUUGAUCAUAACAUCGUGAAACAUCCUCAAAAUUCGGAAGAAUAUGUAAAUGCUUCAUCGAUAAAUCUUUCGAAUAUUUCAAAACCGAUCAUAAUUGGACAAAUUCCGAAAAAGGAAAAUUUUGAAGAAUUUUGGAAAAUCAUAUUCGAAGCCAAUGUUAUGUUGAUGUAUGUUUUGAUUGGCGCCGAUGAAAUUGCGGAUUUUUUCCCGCGAGAAGUUGGAGCAUAUGAACAUUUUGGAAGUAUGUGGGUGAAUAAUCGGAAGGUUGAAAAAGUUGAUAAUGAAUGUUAUCGAUAUAAUGUUGAAGUUUUGCCGCAAGGAUGUUCGAAUUCGAAUCAAAUGACAAUUGUUUUGCAAAUUGAUUGGCAAUCGCAAAAUGUUCCGGCAAAGUUUGGAAAAACUAUUAAAUCGGUUAUCGAAGUCACUAGUUUUAUUCCAAGUGCGGUGAGUUUUUGAAAAAAAAAUUUUGCUGAAAAAAUUUCAAAUUUUCUCAAUUUUUCCAGCCUGGCGAAGACAAAUGUAUGAUAAUAUCAAAACACGGUGCAGGUCGUGCUGGUUUCUUCAUCUCAUUAUGCUCUGCAAUCAGCACACUCAACAAUAAACACGAGCCGAAACUUGUCGAAAUUGUGAAAAAAGUUCGAGAACAACGUCCCGGCGCUGUUGAAUCCUUCAAACAAUACACGUCGCUUUAUCUCUGCCUGGUGUAUUAUAUCAAGAAAAAGUUGAACGAUCCGAAACUCCAACAAAAGACUGUGCAAAUCAAUGAAGCGUUUAAAUUAUUAUUGGAAGGAGCCGGUCAAUCUGUCAUGCAAUAA